AUGGUCGAACCCGCCACCGCAGAGCGCGCCGACGAGCUCCGGCACAACUACGACUCGAUCGCCGACCAGGUCAAGCAGGCCGCCGCCAAGCGAGGCAGUGGGCCGGCGCCCCGCCUCGUCGCCGUCUCCAAGUACAAGCCCGCGAGCGACCUCCUCGCCCUGCACGAGCACGGCGUGCGCCACUUUGGCGAGAACUACCCGCAAGAGCUCGAGGGCAAGGCCAAGGAGCUGCCGACCGACAUCGCCUGGCACUACAUCGGCACGCUCCAGUCCAACAAGUGCAAGAUGUUGGCCUCGAUCCGCAACCUGUACGCCAUCGAGACGCUCACGUCGGUCAAGGCGGCCAACCAGCUGCACAACACGCUGUCGGCCCUGUCGCCGCCUCGCGACGAGCGCCUCAACAUCUUUAUCCAGGUCAACACGUCGGGCGAGGAGCAGAAGUCGGGCCUGCCCGCGCUCGAGCCGUCGUCGGCGGCAGAAGGCCCUCUCGUCGACCUCGCGCUGCACAUUGUCGACAAGUGCCCGACCCUGCGCCUCAAGGGCCUCAUGACGAUCGGAUCGCUCGAGGCGUCAACGUCGGACGCGCCCAACCCGGACUUUGAGCGGCUCAAGCAGACGCGCGAGGCGCUCGUCCGUGCGCUCAAGGACAAGGCGGGCGACGGCGACGCGGUGCGCAAGGCGGUCGACGAGGUCGAGCACGAGGGGCUCGAGCUGAGCAUGGGCAUGAGCAGCGACUUUGCCGAGGCGAUCGAGCAGGGGAGUACCAACGUGAGGGUCGGGUCGAGCAUCUUUGGCGCGCGGCCGGCCAAGUGGUGA